AUGACCGACUUGACAGUGCACCCAAAGGAGAAAGAUCAAGUCUACCGCAGAGAGGCGGCGGCUGUAGACGAGGAUGCUACUCGCGUAGUUGGCACGACCCAGCUGUACAGAGAGGAUGGAAGGAUACGUCUGAUACCGGUGAGAAGAAAGCGGCUUGGCACCUGGUCCCCUGACUAUGGCUAUGAGGGGAAUCCUCUGAACCUCCCCGUCUGGCGCAAGCGGUUCGCCGUCUCGGCCCUUGGGGAAAAAACUGUCGGCGCUCUCGCCCUCAGCGCCGAGGUGGUGAUCGGCGGUUUGAUCCCCAUCUUCAUCCUCGAGUACGCCGGCGUGGACCCGCGGUCGAUCCGGGCCGCCGCGCUCAGCCCGUCGCUGGGCUCGCAUCUGGCCGCGCGCGCGGUGCAGGGGCUGGGCGCGGGCGCCGUCGAGGCGCUCAUCCCGCUCGUGCUGCAGGACAUGUUCUUCCUGCACGAGCGCAACACGUGGAUGUCGACCAUCGUGAGCUCCCAGGGCGUCAUCAUCAUCGCCCUCGGCAUCGCGUCGCCCUACAUCGCCGCCAACCACAGUUGGCGAUGGAUCUAUCGGGUCACGACGGGCUUCGGCGCCGUGGCCUGGGCGCUGCUGCUGCUGUUCCUGCCCGAGGCCAGGUGGGCGCGGUCCAAGGAGGAGCUGAAUAGGUUCUUUGUCCGACUCGAGCCCAUGGGACACAACGUCUACGACAUCGCCCCAGACGAGGACAGGCCGCAGCUCGACACGGCGCGGUUCCGGGCGCGGAGCGCGUGGGACGACGUGGGCGUCUUCAACUGCGGCUUCGACUGGCGCGAGGCCGGCGUCUCGAUGCUCGACACGCUGCGCACGACUUUCCUGCCCGUCGCCGCGACCCAGGUGCUGUCCUUUACGCUACUAGCCCAGGGCUGGCGCUUCGAGCUGACGGGCCUGGGCGUGCUGCCGUUCGUGGCGGCCGCGCUCUUCGUCUACGUCUUUGCCGGCCCCGUGGCGGACCGCGUGUCCAUGUCGGUCACGCGGCGACGCAGCAGGGGCGGCAAAGUAGACGGCGACGCCAACAACAGCAACAGCAACAGCAACAAGAACAACAACGCCAUGGCCCGCGAGGCAGAAGACAACCUGCCCAACUUCAUCCUCCCCUUCGCGCUCGGCAUCGCGGGCGCCUUCCUGUUCGGGGCGGCGGCGCAGCAGCGCAUGCACUGGGCCGUGCUGCUGCUGGCCAGUUUCCUCGUCAUCUUCGCCUACCUGACGGUGCUGACGCUCGGCAACGUGCUCGUGGUCGAGAGCUACCCCGUGUGGGCGGGCCCGGUGCUCGUCAACGUCGGCAGCAUGCGCAUCACCGUCGCCUUCUUCCUCGCCAGCCGGGCCGUCGAGUGGGUGCAGGCGGCCGGCCCGCUGGCCACCUUUGCCAUGUACGGCGAGGCCCUGCUCGUUAUCGCCCUCGGCAUCCCCGCCCUCUUCUUCUGCGGCAAGCGCCUGCGCGCCUGGACGGCCGGCCGGGUCGGGGUCGUUGGCGCUGCUGGCGGCGGGCGGUCGGGGGAUGGCGAGGCGGGGGUGGUGUAG